UUGUAUACUCAGAUAUUCCAGUGAACAAAACGACCAAUUGAAAAAGAAAAGUUUGAAGCUAAAAGAACUUUCUGCUCGAUGGCAUGUUUCUCUCUGGGCGCAUAUUAGCAAACCUGCGCCGUCCAUGGGGAAGAGAGCACGCAAACCAUCUCAGAAAGCACUAAUGGCUCAAGCAAGCUUGCAAUUGCAAAGCAAUGCUCAGCGGGGGAAAAGAGGUAGUGAAGUAAGAGAGAAAGAGGCUACUACUCCUCAAAUUAGGGCAAAAAUCAGUGAAACAGUGGUGCAACCAAAUGAAAAUGCUAAGCAAAAACAGGUAGAAGCUCAACAGAUCUGGAAUGAAGUCGCACAACCACCACGAAGCAGCAGCUAUGCGGAAUCAGCAAGUAAAGGAAGGAAAUCAUGGGCGGAUGAAGUUGAGGAAGAAUUAGCAAUGCAAAAACAAAAGAAAUCUGUGUGGGAGGACUUCGAUUUGUCAAAAAUUUCUAAUGCAAGAUUCAAAUUGGAAUAUGUUGCUCCCAAAACUCAUGGUGAGUCUCCAAUUGUUGAAAUUGAGCUAGAUGACAUAAGCUCUGAAAUUGAAUUCUGGAAAAAUGCUGAUGUAUGCUAUGUGUUAGGGGCACAUCCUCCAUUUGCAGUAAUACAGGGGUAUAUUCAGAGACUUUGGGCAAAACAUGGUAUUAAUAAGAUAUCAAUGUUGAAGAAUGGAGUCACACUUGUGCGAUUUGAUUCUGAAAUUGGUAAGAAUGAGGUCAUACAAGGAGGGAUUUAUCACUUUGAUAAUAAACCUUUUAUAGUGAAGGCAUGGAGUCCUGAUCUAGAGUUCACCAGGGAGGAGUUGCUUACGGUUCCGAUUUGGAUAAAAUUUCCAGGGUUCGAUUUUAAAUACUGGAGCCCUAAAGGCUUGAGCAAGAUUGGUAGUCUAGUUGGGAAACCAUUAAUGGUGGACCAAAAUACUGAAAGGAAGAAUGGUUUGAAUUUUGCAAGGCUGCUAGUUGAAGUGGAGAUGGACUCAAAACUACCUGAAGUGGUGUUGUUCCGGAAUGAAAAGGGACAAUUGGUAGAACAAAGAGUUAGCUAUGAUUGGAAACCAACAUUGUGCACACAUUGCUCAAAGUAUGGUCAUUCAGAAAGUAUAUGUAGGAAGAAACAUCCAGUAACGCUAGCAACACAACAAGAACAGAAAGGGAAGCAAACAAACAAAGAUGAUAAGGUGGAUAACCAGCUUGCAGAGAUAAGAUCAGAUAAAAGGAUGGACAAAGGUAAAACAAAAACUGUUCAAGGCGAGGAAAGGCACACAAGUACUACUAGUAGUUCCAGUUGAGUAACUCCGAUGAAAAUUGGUA